AGGCAGUUCUUCAAACAAAAGACAGCCAGUUACUAACUUCUGGUUGCUAGGUGUGGCCUCUGCUCAUAUCCUAUAAAAUCAGGAGUCCAACCCUCCACGUCUAGACUGAAACUGCCUGAGCAGAGCUUCACUUCACUUCGUGGGAAGACAAGAAAAUAAAGAGAUACUUCUUUAAAAAUGGCAAUGGUAUCAGAAUUCCUCAAGCAGGCCCGUUUUAUGGACAGUCAAGAACAAGAUUAUGUUCAAGCUGUAAAGUCAUACAAAGGUGGUCCUGGGUCAGCUGUGAGCCCCUACCCUUCCUUCAAUCCGUCCUCGGAUGUUGCUGCCUUGCACAAAGCGAUCAUGGUUAAAGGGGUGGAUGAAGCGACCAUCAUUGAUAUCCUUACCAAGAGAACCAACGCUCAGCGCCAGCAGAUCAAGGCAGCAUACUUGCAGGAGACUGGAAAGUCCCUGGAUGAAACCUUGAGAAAAGCCCUUACAGGCCACCUGGAGGAGGUUGUUUUGGCUCUGCUAAAGACUCCAGCACAGUUUGAUGCAGAUGAACUACGUGCUGCCAUGAAGGGACUCGGAACAGAUGAAGACACUCUCAUUGAGAUUUUGGCAACAAGAAAGAAUGCAGAAAUCAGAGAAAUUAACAGAGUCUACCAAGAAGAGCUGAAAAGAGAUCUAGCCAAAGACAUCACUUCAGAUACCUCUGGAGACUUUCGGAAGGCCUUGCUUUCUCUUGCCAAGGGUGACCGUUGUGAGGAUUUCAGUGUGAAUCCGGAUUUGGCUGAUACCGAUGCCAGGGCUUUGUAUGAAGCUGGAGAAAGGAGAAAGGGGACAGAUGUGAAUGUGUUCACAACAAUUCUGACCACUAGAAGCUAUUCUCAUCUCCGCAAAGUGUUUCAGAACUACAGAAAGUACAGUGAACAUGACAUGGACAAAGCUCUGGACCUGGAAAUGAAGGGUGACAUUGAGAAGUGCCUCACAGCCAUUGUGAAGUGUGCCACCAGCACUCCUGCUUUCUUUGCUGAGAAACUUUAUGAAGCCAUGAAGGGUGCUGGAACUCGCCAUAAGACACUGAUCAGGAUUAUGGUCUCCCGUUCAGAAAUUGACAUGAAUGAAAUCAAAGUAUAUUACCAGAAGAAGUAUGGAAUCUCUCUUUGCCAAGCCAUCCUGGAUGAAACCAAAGGAGACUAUGAAAAAAUCCUGGUGGCUCUGUGUGGUGGAAACUAGAUGUCCCUGCUGCUCUGAAGCAUUCUGAUAAGAACAUCUCUUAGCUCCUGUUUUCCUUCUACCACAUAGGCUUAAGUAAGAGGGUUGCCUGAGCAGAUAAGUCUAGUUACCUGCCUUGAGUAAUAUAGCCUAUAAGUAAGUUUUUACAUCAUACCUCUGUACAAUAAAGAAAUACUUGUUUUGUUAAUUAUGUUUAUCCUGAAUUAUAAAUCCCUGUAUGCAAGUCAUUUUGGCUACAUUCCCGAGAAAGAAGAUUAUGUAGACUAAAAUAAAACAAUUUUAUAAGAUAA